CUCACAUUCCCCCGUUCCCCCGUUCCCAGCGGCUGGAGCGCUGCGUUGCCGUGGUCACCUCCCUGACCAGCGGGCUCUCGGAGCGCGAGGCCAACGACGCCCUCAACGCCCACAUCUGCAAAGGGACCCCCCAGCACGAGGAGAUCUGCCUGGGGCUCUUCACCCUCGUCCUGACUGACCCAGCCCAGGCGCAGAAGUGCUACCGGGACCUGGCGCUGGUGAGCCGGGACGGGAUGAACAUCGUGCUCAACAAGAUCAACCACAUCCUCAUGGAGAAGUACCUGAAGCUGCAGGACACCUGCAGGACCCAGGUCAGGGCUCCCUGGGAUCCCCUCUGUUUUCCCCCCGCUUUUCCAGGUGGGGACGUGACUGCCAAGAACAUCUGGCUGGCCGAGAACGUUCUGGAGAUCCUGACAGAGCAAAGGGAGUGGGUGCUGAAGAGCAGCCUGCUGGUGGCCAUGGCCGUGUACACCUACCUGCGCCUCAUCGUGGACCACCACGGCACGGCCGCGCUGCAGGCGCUGCGCCAGAAGGAGGUGGAGUUCUGCGUGUCCCUGCUCAGGGAGAGGUUCAUGGACUGUUUCAUGAUCGGCCGGGACCUGGUGCGCUUGCUGCAGAACGUGGCGCGGAUCCCGGAGUUCGAGCAGCUCUGGAAGGACAUCCUGCACAACCCGCAGGUGCUCAGCUCCCAGUUCACAGGUGUGCUGCAGCUCCUGCAGUCCAGGACCUCCCGCAAGUUCCUGGCGUGCCGCCUCACCCCGGACAUGGAGACCAAGCUGCUCUUCAUGACCUCACGGGUGCGCUUUGGGCAGCAGAAGCGUUACCAGGACUGGUUCCAGCGGCAGUACCUGUCCACCCCUGACAGCCAGUCCCUGCGCUGUGACCUGAUCCGCUACAUCUGCGGCGUGGUGCACCCGUCCAACGAGGUGCUGAGCUCUGACAUCCUGCCCCGCUGGGCCAUCAUCGGCUGGCUGCUCACCACCUGCACGUCGAACGUCGCUGCUUCCAACGCCAAGCUGGCGCUGUUCUACGACUGGCUCUUCUUCAACCCCGAGAAGGACAGCAUCAUGAACAUCGAACCUGCCAUCCUGGUCAUGCACCACUCCAUGAAGCCCCACCCGGCCAUCACGGCCACGCUGCUGGACUUCAUGUGCCGGAUCAUUCCCAAUUUCUACCCCCCUCUGGAAGCCCACGUCCGCCAGGGCGUCUUCAACUCCCUCACCCACAUCGUGGAGAAGCGAGUCCUGGCGCACCUGGCCCCGCUCUUCGACAACCCCAAGCUGGACAAGGAGCUCCGGGCCAUGCUCAGGGAGAAAUUCCCGGAAUUCUGCAGCUCUCCCUCGCCCCCCAUCGAAGUGAAAAUCGAGGAGCCGGUUCCCAUGGAGAUGGAGAAUCACCUGGAGAAGGAUGACGGUUGCUAUGACAACGCCGAGGCCGCCUUCAGCGACGAUGAGGAGGAGCUGAACAGCAAAGGGAAGAAGAGGGAGUUCAGGUUCCAUCCCAUCAAGGAAUCCAUCGUGGAGGAGCCCGUGGACAUCACCCCCUUCCUGGAGCAGCUGGACGAGUCCCUGAAGGACAAAGUGCUGCAGCUGCAGAAGGGCAGCGACACGGAGGCGCAGUGCGAGGUCAUGCAGGAAAUCGUGGAUCAGGUCCUGGAGGAGGAUUUUGACUCGGAGCAGCUCUCGGUGCUCGCCUCGUGCCUGCAGGAGCUGUUCAAGGCUCACUUCCGCGGGGAGGUCCUGCCCGAGGAGAUCACGGAGGAGUCCCUGGAGGAGUCCGUGGGGAAGCCCCUGUACCUGAUAUUCCGGAACCUGUGCCAGAUGCAGGAGGACAACAGCGGCUUCUCGCUGCUGCUGGACCUGCUCUCCGAGCUCUACCAGAAGCAGCCCAAGAUCGGCUACCACCUGCUCUACUACCUGAGAGCCAGCAAGGCGGCGCUGGGCAGGAUGGGGCUCUACGAGUCGUUCGCCCAGGCCACGCAGCUGGGGGAGCUGCACACGUGCCUGAUGAUGGACAUGAAGGCGUGCCAGGAGGACGACGUGCGCCUGCUCUGCUUCCUCACGCCCUCCAUCUACACCGAGUUUCCUGACGAGACCCUGCGGAGCGGGGAGCUGCUGAACAUGAUCGUGGCUGUCAUCGACUCCUUCCAGUUUCCCGACGAGACCCUGCGGAGCGGGGAGCUGCUGAACAUGAUCGUGGCUGUCAUCGACUCCUUCCAGGAUGUUCAGAGCCUGGACUGGGAGACCUUUGAGCAGUACUGCACGUGGCAGCUGUUCCUGGCCCACAACAUCCCCCUGGAGACCAUCAUCCCCAUCCUGCAGCACCUCAAGUACAAGGAGCACCCCGAGGCCCUGUCCUGCCUCCUGCUGCAGCUCCGCAGGGAAAAGAUUUGGGGAGGUUUUUGUCCCCUGCUCCCCAAGAGGCAGAGCCUGCGCAGCUCCAGCAGCAAGCUGGCCCAGCUGACCCUGGAGCAGAUCCUGGAGCACCUGGACAACCUGCGCCUCAACCUCACCAACACCAAGCACAACUUUUUCAGCCAGACCCCGAUCCUGCAGGCGCUGCAGCACGUCCAGGCCAGCUGCGACGAGGCCCACAAGAUGAAGUUCUCGGAUCUCUUCUCCCUGGCCGAGGAAUACGAGGAUUCCUCCAGCAAGCCCCCCAAGAGCCGCCGGAAAGCCACGGCGCUGGCCAGCCCCCGCAGCCGCAAGAGCGCGGCGCAGCCCCCCAACAACGAGGAGGAGUCGGGCUCCAGCAGCGCCUCGGUGAGACCCCCCCCAUCCUGA